UCUAUAUCAUAUCUGGAAUGCAUCUCUGACUCAACUAUACUGUAGUAUGGGGCAAUUGAACCUUUACCCCCGUCUCAUGAUGAGAUGAGCUGGCACCGGAAGUAGGAAGUAACUAGCUAGGAAGUCUUCAAGAAUGCAUUUGGCUAAUUAGCGCUCAAGCGAACUACGCGUCGUUUCUGUUUUGAUAUACCUCAGCGGUCGAGAUCCCUAUAGGAAGACCACUCUCCGUGCAUCCAAUAAUUGAAGUGUUGUAGAAUCUCAUCUGAUCAACAUGAGUCUACAGUGGACGGCCGUGGCCACAUUCCUUUAUGCGGAGGUCUUCUUUGUGUUGCUUCUGUGCGUGCCCUUCAUCUCCCCCAAGAGAUGGAGUAAGAUCUUCAAAUCUCGUCUGGUUCAAACUAUCGCAUAUUAUGGAAACACCUCCUUCAUUGUAGCCAUUGCCAUUCUAGUUUUCUUACUAAUUGAUGCGUUCAGGGAGGUGCGAAAGUACAGUGUGACUGAGAAGGUGGACCUGACCAACAACCCAGUGGCUGUAGAUCACAUUCACAUGAAGUUGUUCAGAGCCCAGAGGAAUGAGUACAUUGCUGGCUUCGCCCUGCUCCUGUGUGUGUUGCUGAGGCGACUGGCAACCCUGCUCUCUCAGCAGGCCACUUUGAUGGCUUCCAACGAGGCCUUCAAGAAGCAAGCCGAGGGAGCCAGUGACGCUGCCAAGAAGUACAUGCAGGAGAAUGAGGAUCUGCAGGCGAAACUAAAGGAUGCUGGCGUCGCUGUCCCAGAAGUGGGCAAGAAGCCAUCUGGAGUUGGAGUGCAGGAGGAAAACAAGACGUUGAAGGCAGAGGUGCGCUCUCUGAAGGAUGAGCUGGAAGCCACAAAGAAAGUCCUCCUGAAGUCUGACGGUGACGUGAAGGCAAUGAAGAAGCAGGCGGAGAACCUGACUGUGGAGUAUGACCGCCUGCUCAAUGAACAUUCCAAGCUGCAGGCAAGCAGUGAUGCUCAAUCGCAGGACAAAAAGUCCAACUGAUCGGGAGAGAAGUGUUGACGUGCUCGUACCAUCCACCGUCAACAACAGCCACCCACCACCACUGCUUUACACAGGAAGUCAUUAGGUGCUGAAUGUGCAGACCUGCAGGAGGAGGAUUUGGGUUAUCUGCCUUUAAAGCCUCGCUACUCUGUUGUGGCGCACAAUGGAUAGCCAUGUUUUUUUUGUAUGGUUUGCCUCCAUUUAAGAAACCACCAUGUACUUUAUAUCUGUACUUAGCUGUUUUCAUUCCAUUUGAAAUUAAAUGAACGAAUUGCACAACUGAAGAGAUGAUCCUCUGCCUCUUUGUAUUUGAGAAGGCGAUGUCCCCUGUUGAAUGUCUGAUUUUACUACUUUAGUUCAACCAAUGUAUCUAUUCUGAGGGGACCUGGUAACAGUUGUCCAUGUCACAAAUAUUCCGAUAUCUGAUAGAAAAUAUGUAGUUGCGAGUCACCUUUGGACUUACUGUAAGGUGUGGUUUAACAUCUUAUUCCUAUUUGUCAAUUCUUCAUUCUUGUUUUGAAUGUAAUCUGUGUUACCUGUUACAGUAUGAGGCAGACCCUACUGUCAUUAAGGGCAUCAUAUUGUAUGGGUGGGAAUCUGCAUAUGCUCCUUUGAUGGAAAGCAGUUCAUUUUCACUCCAGUAAUUAGGCCCAUUUCAUGCUUUUGACUGAACAAAUCUGUGAUUUGGCACAUCUUGUUCUUUGAAGCCCUUAUCCUCUUGCUUUGUUUGAAAAUUAAUAAGUUCCUUUUACCUCGUCUGACUGCACACUUCUGUAUUGGAGAAGUGCCUCAGGCACAUGGUGUGACAAACUUGUACCACUCAAAUCACUAAGCCUGCAUAACAUGAUAUGAGAUGAGCUAUAUUGGAAUGUAGGGCUUCAUGGCGUCCUUCCAUUUGAAGUCAGUUUGCCUCUCUCAUUGGUUGAGAUGGCAUUUAAAAACACGGUUGGUUCAGUCUUUCAAAUGUUAGACACAAUGUAGUCUUUAAAUUCUGAUAUUUGAAAGAAUGUUGGAAAUUUGUUUAUUAAACUUCUUUGCGAUCUCACACCCUGUCUUUUCUUUCCUGUUUUCCCACUUGCUGAUCAUAGAAUGGUCUAUUUGGAGUGCUUCACCCGCCAUUUUGAAUUUAAUUGGAGGGGAAAUUUUAUGAACUGCAGAACAAGCUUUCCCUGCCUGUAGUUCCAAUUUGAACAGUGAGGGCUGUAAGUAAAUCUCCCAUUAAGCAGCAACCUAAAGAAUUGUGGAACUUUCAGUAAUUAAAUAGUUAACUGGCCUUUCACCAGGUGACAGUGGAAUAUAUAUUUUAUAUAUAUAUAUAUAUAUAUAUAUAUAUCCUGGUAACUUGCUGAAAUUAGUGCUUUGGGUCAUCUGAGGAAUUACAUCAUGAAUUGUUGCACCAGGUAAAAAUAGGGACUUGUAGAAAGUCACUGUCAUGGCCACUCUGACCUUCAGGGGAGAUGGUAACCUGUCGGGGUCCGUCUGGUGUUGUACGAGAAAUUCUUAGUUUAUGGUGAUAUUAACAUGCCUAAGAACAGUACACUAUUCAUCCAUGUUUAUAUGUAAUAUCAGUGUUUAGUUACCUUCAUUUAUAAUGCGCCCUUUACAAGGUCGCCGAGCAGGCCUAGUACUCGAGGUAAAGGUUCUAUCUAUAUAUUUGACGAUUUCUUUUGCUUUCAUCUAUGUUCUUGUGGGCAAGGGUUUUGUUCUGAUGAACUAUUUACAGUAGGUGGUAGAUGUCUAAGCCAUCUGAUUUUAAACGCCACUUUUUCCCCCUCAUUACAUUGUCAGUUUUUCCAUUUUGUCAGACACUGGUGAUAUUCAUUCCUUAGUCCAAGGGCUAUUGAAAUUCAUAUUCUCAACAGAGAAGAUGAGUCUCAAAGGUUUUGCAGAUUUUGUCCUUGCUGUUUAGUCAUUGACUCUUGAUGAUAUUAAUUCUAUUAUAUAAUCUCAUUUGGUGGCCUUAAAAGUGAUGUCAUUUAACUGACCUAUUUUUGCAUGAUGACUUUCUCACAAGAGAACUGCAUUUACACAUUUUAUGAUCUUCUACUGUCCUUUCAAGAAAUGUUAGCUAAUUAUGUCACAUCAAAGUUUUCCCCUUAUCUUGGAGAGAAGAAGUUUGCUGUUUCAUUAUAACUAAAUGUAUUUUUUGGGAUUACAGCAUCUAUGUUUGCAGUCAACUACAUGUAUGAACAUGGUCAAUGCUGUUGGUGUGUAAUGCAAAAUAAAUAUAUUUCUCAACAAUGUC